AUGACCAUGGUAAGCUAUGUGCUGAAGAAGGGAAAGGCUGUUGUCCUCCUGAGCACUAUGCAUGAUGAAAAAGCAGUGGAUGACAAUAGUGUUAAGAAGAAACCAGAAGUGAUCCAGCACUAUAACAAAAACAAAGGGGAGUGGACACAAUGGAUCAGAUGGUUUGCACCUACUCAAGCGGAGAACACGGAGGUGGCCCAUGCAGGAGCCAAACAUGUAUUGCGCAUACAGCCUGAUGAACAUGUGUUCAGAGGAGAGACAGUCACUCUCACAUGUGACAUACAGGGAGAAACACACACUGAGUGGAGAUACAGCUGGAUUAAAGAUGGACACAUUCACUCAAACACAUCAACUCCAGAGUUCAAGAUCAGUUCUGUUUAUGAGUCUGAUAGUGCCACACCAAAACCAAUUGUUACUGUGUCGCCCCAGAAUUCAGUGUUCACUGGAGACACAAUUACUCUGAGAUGUGAGUUCACACACUCAACUGGAUGGACGAUUCUCUGGUCUAAAAACUUAAAGCAUAUAAAUGCUGAUUCUGCACAAACUGGAACAUUGAGUGAUGUGAAAGUCUCUAAUGGAGGAAAGUAUCACUGCAGGGCUCAAAGAGGAAACUACUACACACAUUACAGUCAUGCUGCUGUUAUAACAGUAACUGAGAGGCCCAAACCUGUAGUGAAGAUAACACCAGAUCAUCAUGUGUUCAGAGGAGAGACAGUCACUCUCACAUGUGACAUACAGAGAGAAACACACACUGAGUGGAGAUACAGCUGGUUUAAAGAUGGUUUAGACAAUCCAGUCAGCACUGAGAGAGUGUACAGAAUCACAUCUGACAAAUCUCACAGUGGUAAAUACAGCUGUAGAGGAGAGAGGAAACAAGACUCACAGAGAUCAGACAUCAGUGAUGCUCUUUUACUGACUGUAUCAGGUCAAUGGCUUCCUGUUUCCCUCAUCAUCAGUCCCAGCAGAAGUCAACACUUCUCAUCUCACUCUCUCUCUCUGAGCUGUGAGGAUCACAAUAACUCUACUGGAUGGACAGUGAGAAGAAACACAGACAGUGAGAGAAUGAAAGAUUGUUCAUCUACAGGAUCUACAUGUAAAAUCAGCUCCCUUAAAACAUCUGACACUGGAGUGUACUGGUGUCAGUCUCAAUCUGGAGAAAACAGUCAACAAAUUAACAUCACAGUACAUGAUGGUGAUGUGAUUCUGGAGAGUUCUGUUCAUCCUGUGAUUGAGGGAGAUACUCUGACUCUACACUGUUUACAUCGAUCUACAAACUCCUCAAACCUCACAGCUGAUUUCUAUAAAGAUGGAUCACUCCUCCAGAAUCAGACGACAGGAGAGAUGAGCAUCCCUACUGUCUCAAAGUCACACGAGGGUUUCUACUCCUGUAAACACGGAGAGAGAGGACAGUCACCCGAGAGCUGGAUCUCAGUCACAGAUUCAUCAGAUCAGAUUUCUGUCUUACACACUCUCAGUUCUCUUCUGGCAGUUUGUCCAUAUCUGAUCGUGACAGUCGUGCUGGUUUUUAAAUGCUACAGAGCGAGAGUUUCAUCUGUUGAAGAUCAAAGUCAGUAUGCAGUAACAGAGGAAGAAACUUCAAUCUGAAUCUCUUUAAAAAUGUUCAGAAGACUUUUCUUACAUUUCUGUUAAUUAUUUCACCAUGUUUAUUUUAUCAUUGAUUUUUUUAUAAUUCAAAUUAUAUUGAAGUUAUUUUAUUUUGUGGAUUUGUUUUAUAUCGUAAUAUAUUUGAAAUGGACAUUUAAAAGAGCUGAUAAAUGUACAAAUAAUAAAAACAUUUAGAAACAAAUAUCAUCAUCUUCAUGUUGUGAUGAGCUGAUUCAUGCUCUCAGUAUCUUAAACUCUUGACAUUGUUUCUUCAGCCAAAUGUAAAUCUCACUUAUGUCAUUUAAUACAUUUAUUUUGUAAUGGAGAAAAAGAUGAUUUCUUUAGAACAACUGCAGACAUGUACAUUUUAACAGAAUUUGAUAACAUGAGUUAGUGUUACACACUUUUAUAUAUAUAGUUGAAUAAUACAGUGUGCAGUUUUAUAUCAUGUUUUUGUCUGAUUUGCUUGUAUAAAAUAUGGAUGGAAGAGUUAUGAUGAAAUUAAAGAUACAUGAUUUCUCCUGUUUGAAAGUCAA